AUGUCUUUUGCCAUGCUAACCGCAAUUGGGUUGUUUCUCAGAGAGAAAUGGAUUUGAUCUUCACGUUAGAAAUAUGAACUAAUUGGAUAUCUGUAGAUUUUAUCAUGGCGCUCUUAAUGGAACUUUGGGAAUGCAACAUGGAAAUGUCUCGUAAUGAAGGUAGGGAAGAAGCUUAUCGUAUGAGUGAAUCCGACUUUACACCAGCAUGGAUGGGACCGGAUAACGCAUUGGCUGUUCAAAUACAGCAGAAUGUUAUUGAGGGGACAACAUCCAGUCCAAAUCUUGAUGUAAUUACAUCCAAUCCAGAUCUUCAAUGGUUUCUGCAGUCUUCUCUACUUUCCCAGUCGGAAACAACCUCAUUUUCCUCAUGCAUGCCCAACUGCCCAACCUGUUUGUCUCAGUGCUCCAGUCCUGACCAGUCUUGUUUAGGAGUAGUAGAGGACAGGACAGUAGGACACACCGAUAAGCAUAUGUCCUCUGCAGAACUUGACAGAAUUAGGAUCCGCAGGGAAAGAAACAGAGUAGCAGCUGCCAGAUGCCGCGAUCGUCGUCGUGUGCUCAUAGAUACCUUACAGAAUGAGACAGAUCAUUUGGAACAAGUGAAGACAGAAUUAGAGGAAGAGAUUGCUGCACUUGAAAGGGAGAGAGAAAGGCUAGAGUUGGUAUUUGAGGCACAUAUGCCCAUCUGCAAGCUGGAUGACCCAAACCCAGAAUAAGCAAUAUUGCUGAUGUGUGUUUACUGCUGUGUCUGCUGGUUCAGAGCAGCUCUGUAUAAUUUAACUAAUAGGCCUAUAUUCAUUCAAGAAAUGCUUAAAUAUAUUUCUAUGUUACCUUGAGAAUCAUUAUUAUGCAUGAACAAUUUGUUUUACAUGAUUUAAUUAUAAACCACAGAUUCAAAGGAUUUUUUUUUCAAAUAUCUUUUUCCAGGACUAGUAAUGGAAAUAACUGGGUGAACUAGUUUCUAUUUUUAAACCAUAGAUGCCACUUUAUGUUCAGUAUAAUGUGCAUAGCGUUUGGGUAAAAUAAUCUCUACAUUCUGAGUAGGAACUCCAUCCCUCUUAAAUUUAGUCCCUAGAUUCUGUACCCCCGCACCCCCCCUCUCAUUUCCAGCCCUGGUAAUGCCUUUGUGCCCAUUCAUGUUUAUGAAUGCCUUUUCAUAUAAAACUUAAACAGAAACAAAAUGUUGCUCCUGUGGUUACAGUGCAUUUUAAAUACCUUUGCAUUCCAUCUUGGGAAUUCUUUUUUCUGUAAUGCAGAAUUGUAGUGUUUGAAGAAUUUCC